CCGCCCUGAGAGCCGCGGGAGUCCGGCGGCGCGGAGGGAGGUCGAGGAGGGCCGAGCCGGCGGCGACCAGGGAGGCCCGGGUUUGAAGCCGCUUCUUUGCUCGAGUUGGGUCGCGCCCAGCCUCAUUUCUUUCCUGCGUACUUGGUGCGAGGAAGUUUCGGAGCAUCGGUUCGCGGCCCGCGGGUGAAAUUUGGCGUUCAUUCACGAAUGAGGAAUUAUUCCUGACAGAAGUAUUUUUAAAGAAAAAUAUUUACAAUGGCCUCAGCAGUUCUUAGUUCUGUUCCCACUACUGCUUCUCGUUUUGCCCUGUUGCAAGUGGAUAGUGGUAGUGGUUCUGAUUCUGAGCCUGGAAAAGGCAAAGGUAGGACUCCUGGAAAGUCUCAAACAAGCAAAUCAACUGCAAAUGAGAAAAAGAGAGAGAAAAGAAGAAAAAAGAAGGAACAGCAACAGACUGAAGCAAAUGAGCUCAGGAAUCUUGCUUUUAAGAAAAUUCCCCAGAAAUCUUCCCAUGCCACUUGUAAUGCUCAACAUGAGCUUUCUUUACCAAAUCCAGUACAGAAGGAUACACGAGAAGAAAAUUGGCAAGAGUGGAGACAAAGAGAUGAGCAGCUGACUUCUGAAAUGUUUGAAGCAGAUCUUGAGAAGGCAUUGUUGUUAAGUAAAUUAGAAUAUGAAGAACACAAAAAGGAGUAUGAAAAUAAUGAAAAUGCUUCAACUCAGUCAAAGGUUGUGAAUAAAAAAGAUAAAAGAAAGAAUCAUCAGGGAAAAGACAAACCUCUCACAGUAUCACUAAAAGAUUUUCAAUCUGAAGAUCACAUUAAUAAAAAGACAGAGGAAUUGAGUUCUUCUCAGACUUUAACACAUGAUGGAGGAUUCUUCAAUAGACUGGAAGAUGAUGUUCAUAAAAUUCUUAUUAGAGAAAAAAGAAGAGAACAGCUUACAGAAUAUAAUGGAACAGAUAAUUGUGCAGCUCAUGAACACAACCAGGAAGUAGUUUUGAAAGAUGGAAGAAUUGAAAGACUAAAGUUGGAACUUGAAAGGAAAGAUGCUGAAAUCCAAAAGCUGAAAAAUGUGAUCACUCAAUGGGAGGCAAAGUAUAAAGAAGUAAAGGCACGAAAUGCACAGUUAUUGAAAAUGCUUCAGGAAGGUGAAAUGAAAGAUAAAGCAGAAAUACUUCUGCAAGUUGAUGAAUCACAAAGUAUCAAGAAUGAACUGACUAUACAGGUGACUUCACUUCAUGCUGCGUUAGAACAAGAAAGAUCUAAAGUGAAAGUAUUACAAGCAGAAUUAGCCAAAUAUCAGGGUGGCAGAAAAGGGAAAAGAAACUCUGAAUUCGACCAGUGUAGGUGAUUCCAUUAGCCUUUGAGGUCAACAUAAAAAUUAAAACUUUCAGGGUUUUGCAAAAAUGUAUAUAUUUAAUGCUGUGCAACUGCUAAGCUAUGCAGUUUUUGUUGAAAUAUGUAAAACAAUUAGCUUACUAACAGUCUAUAAUUUUUUGUCCUUUUGGCUUAAAGUGAAAAGAAGAAAAACAGAAUUCCAGCAGAACACAAUGAUUAUUGUUUACUAUCCAUACUUCUUAUCACUUUAGUUUUUCAUCAGUCAAUAAAAUUAAUUUACUCUUCCA